AACCGUUUCUACGGGACAAAGCGAAGGCCUUUUGCAGCUUUAAUACUCGAAACUUUUUGGGUGGAGCAGCAAUGCAGUUGACUCACAAACGUCACAUCCCACGUUUUGUUAGCGUUACGUGUAGCCCAUACUUGCAAGUUGAUGAAACAAGCUUACCAAUCUAUCAUACUUUCUUGAAUGAUUAUAAGUAGUCGUCUUCUUUCUCGCCACUUGAGUAAGUGCUUCUUUGUCCAAUGGCUUUCAAACAGAAGCAGAACAGUCAUGGUCUUGUUGGAAUCCUGCUCUUGGCAUUGUGCCUAUUUAUAGUUGUCAACAAUACAGUUGCAGAGUGGCUUAAUCAUGGAGCCGAUAUCGACAACAGGAGGAACGCCAAAGGAGAAAUCCUGAUAAACCCAAAGACCGUUCGGAACCUUCAACUGAAAUGGAAGUUCUUUGCUGGAAAAGACAUUUCAGCCACUCCAGCUGUGGCAAAUGGAGUUGUCUACUUCCCUUCAUGGAACGGAUACUUGUACGCAGUGAAUGCCUUAAACGGGGACCUAAUAUGGAAGCAGAACCUCGGUGAGCUAACUGGACUGAACGGAACAGGAACCAUCGUGGAUGUGUGUGUAUCGAGAUCCACACCAACUGUCGCCGGUGACCGUUUGAUUAUCGGAAUCUAUGGGCCUGCGUUUGUUAUUGCGGUCACUCGUUUGGCUGGAAAUCUUAUUUGGUCUACUCGGCUAGACCCCCGUCCUCUGGCAUUGAUUACUCAAUCCGGAACCUUUUACAAUGGGGCGGUUUUCAUUGGAGUCUCUUCACUAGAAGAAAUCCUACCAAGUACCCAAUGCUGCACAUUCAGAGGCAGCCUAGCAAAGCUAUCCGUCCAAACUGGCUCAAUUCUGUGGCAAACCUACACUCUCCCGGACAACGGCGGGAAACUGAACGGCUACUCGGGAGCAGCCGUAUGGGGAAGCAGCCCUUCCAUUGACACAGCCCGAAACCUCAUCUACGUCGGCACUGGGAACCUCUACAAUGCCCCACCUGAGGUUCUUGCGUGUCAAGCAAAACAGAAUAACCAGACCACAAAACCGAGCCAACCCGAUCAGUGCAUUGGGCCGGAUGUCAACUUUGAUUCUAUUAUGGCUUUUGAUUUGGAUUCCGGGAAGAUAGUGUGGGCCAGGCAACUAGGGGGGUAUGAUGUUUUCUACUUCGCGUGUUUAGUUCCCGGUAAUCCUGAUUGUCCAUCGGGGCCUAACUUGGACGCAGAUUUUGGGGAGGCUCCACUGUUGGUUACGGCGUUUGUGAAGGGGAGGAUAGUGGAUGUAGUUGUUGCUGUGCAGAAGAGCGGGUUUGCUUGGGUUUUAGACCGGGAUAAUGGGGAUAUAAUUUGGUUCAAUAUGGCAGGACCAGGAAGUAAGGAUGGAGGUGGGAUAUGGGGUUCAGCCACAGAAGGGAUAAGGGUGUACACAAACAUAGCCAACAGUGACAGAAUCAGCUUCACCCUUGCCCCAUCUACCCUGAAAACAACAUUCGGUGCAUGGGUAGCAUUAGAUGUGAACAAAGGGGAUAUCCUAUGGACCACAGCCAACCCCAGCAAUGACGAUUGCCAAGGCCCUGUAACCAUAGCAAACGGUGUCCUUUUUGCAGGGUCGGUAGCUUCAAACGGCCCUUUCUACGCGAUGGAUGCCAGUACUGGUGAAAUUCUGUGGGUGUACAACACCGGUGCUACCAUAUAUGGAGGGGCGGCUGUUAGCUACGGAUGUGUUUAUGUUGGCAGUGGGUAUUCCAUUGGUUUAGCAAAGUUCAAACCAACUUGGACUGCUGGAACUUCACUGUAUGCCUUCUGUGUUUUAUGAAGUUAGUCUCAAUAUGCCUUGGGGGGUUGUUGUGCUAGAUGUUCACAUUCCAUCAUAAAUAAAUCUGAUCUCCCUUGGCUAAGAUUACGAAAUUGUUACGUAUAAAUCAUAUCCGACGGUAAGUUUGGAACAAUA